UUAGUUUAUCAACCGUCAACUUCCGGAUUAUGAGCCAAGAACAACAACAACAACAAACGGCAUAAAUUACAGAUUCACAAAACCGUGUAUUUUAACUCUUUGCUGCAUUAAAAUGUCUUCACAAGUUCAGAAUUUACAAAAACAGCUUUUACAGCUUCGACAAGAAGCAAAUGUGAAAAGGAUUCCAGUUUCUCAAGCCAUUGAAGAGAUAUUGAAGUACACAACUCAACAUGCACAUGAUGAUGCCUUGGUUGUUGGUGUACCGCAGUCAGAAAACCCAUUUAAAGAUGCCAAGGGAUGUUUGAUACUCUGAUUGUAUGCAGUAAUGUAUUCCUUGUAUUAGCAGUAGAAGUUUUAUUGUGGAAUCAGGACCAGUGAAUGUAUGUCUGUGUGUGUAUCUAUUCUGAGAUUGCUAUCUUCUCUACGAUGAUGGCUUACCAAUCUUUCAAGCUACAGCUUUUUGUUAUAAACAUUUUAGUGACAGUGUAAUUGUAAAUUACUAUUUUAUCAUUUUACAUUUCAUAUCCUUUUUUUUCCCUGUAUUUUUUAAUUCUUUUUUCUCCCAUUGAAGUGUUGAAAAGCUAUCAUAUUGUUAUGUUAGUAAAAUAUAUAUAUGUCAGAUUGUCAAGUUAUUUGUCAGAUUGUACACAAAAAGAUUUUUUUAAUUAGGUCAACCCAAUAACUUUCUUGUAAUUAAUAGUAAGUUUUCUAUGAAAACUUGAGUCAGUUAACAAUCAAUUGGCUUAACUUUAUUAACACUUGAUAAUGCCUUUGUUGAAAACAUAAGUAUACACUAUGUACAUUAUGUAUGUAUAAUAGUAAGAGCUUAAAAGUGUAGAGUUUUAUGUAUUCUAUUGUAGAUCAACAACAAGGAUGUAAACCUAUUGGGUAUAGGGUAUCUUGAAGGGUUAUACGCAUAUUAACUUCCUAUUUUGUUUUAUAUUGUAUAUUUCUGGAGUUUGAUGCAUUUAUUUCCUGUAUUUAUUAAGUGCAAUAGAUAUAUUAUGUGAAUCAAAUUCUUAGUUCACCUUCUUUGAUAAAGGUUGACAAUAUAGAAAACCAGUCUACAAAGCACCUCUGUCAUUGGUUACCUACUUUUUGAAUUGUCCAAUGAGAUUCUGAGGCUCCAGACUGGUUUUGAAUCUCACCUUUCACAUCUCUUUUCAUUCUAAUUAUUUUGACUGUAAAAAUAUGGAAUACUUCUUAAACUAUCCAGAAUGUUUAUGAAAAAUGUAUUUUGUUAAUAAUGUAAUAUUAUUUUUAAUUUACAGUUUUUGAAAUCACUUUCUGUAUUGCCACUUUAAGACAAUCUCUUGUAUCUACAAGUCUUUUAUUGAAUAUUCAUAUCACAUGAAGUUGUUUCGUCCAUGAAAUAUUUUGAGAUUGUUUUUUUAUUUUUGUGCAAUAUUUUCAAAAGAUAUUUAUGCACUUUAACGUUUUUAGAUAGAGGGAUAGUUUCAUGAUAUGUCUUCAUCAGUUAUGUUGAUAAGUUGAUUUUCUAUGAUUCAUAAUUUCGACAGUACUGGCUGGAAGUCAGGGAAUUGUUGCUUCAUGACUACCAACUGGAAUGUUACAGAAAAUCUUAUACAAACAAGCGAUGAAGUCCUCAUAUGUAAUAAUUCUUUUUGAUCAAACUACAAUCUUUUUUAUAAACAUUUGCAUUUGGUUCAUUACACAUUUCAUUUUACUCUGUAAUACUAAAUAAGAAAACAGAUAUUUUAAAAAAAAUAUUUAAAUAUUGAUUUUGAUAUGAAUGUAUUAUCUGUACAUUACAUGACUGAUUGGUGAUUGUUUUAACUUAAAAGUUAAUUUCUGAUCUAGAUUUUGAGCCAUGAUUUUGUUGUAAGACUGAUUUUAUUUUCAAGAAAUUAUCUUUUUUUACCUCGCAAUUUUUGUGCCAUUUUUCUAUUUCCUAGCUGCUGACAUCAAUAUAGAAUAAGUUUUACCAGAUUAUUUUUUCAAAUUUUUAUGCCACCGCAGCAUCUGCGAUGCGGUGGCAUAUAGCGAUUCACCUGUGUGUGUGUUUGUUUGUGUGUGUGUGUGUUAUAUAGAUUAUAUAGUGAACUUAAAAAAUCUUCUUGUGAAAAACCACUUGUCCAAUUUCAACCAAACUUGGCAGGAUUGUUCCUUGGGUGAAGGGCUUCCAAAGUUGUUCAAAGAAUUUCAUUCCAUGCAGAAAUCUGGUUGCCAUGGCAACCAAAAGGAAUUAUAAGAAUACAUUUAAAAAAUCUUCUUGUAAAGACCCAAAAGGCCUAGAGCUUAGAUAUUUUGCAUAAGGCAUUGUCUGGUAGACCUCUACCAAGAAUGUUCAAAUUAUAAUCCUGGGGUCAAAAUUGGCCCCGCCCCGGGUGUCAUUGAUUUUCACUAUAUAUAUGUACAUAUAGUAAAAACUUAAAAUAACUUCUUGUAAAGACCCAAAAGGCCUAGAGCUUAGAUAUUUUUCAUAAGGCAUUGUCUGGUAGACCUCUACCAAGAUUAUUCAAAUUAUUACCCUGGGGUCAAAAUCGGCCCCGCCCCGGGGGUCAUUGAUUUUCACUAUAUGUACAUGUAGUAAAAACUUAAAAUAAUUUCUUGUAAAGACCCAAAAGGCCUAGAGCUUAGAUAUUUUGCAUAAGGCAUUGUCUGAUAGACCCUUACCAAGAUUGUUCAAAUUAUUGCCCUGGGGUCAAAAUCGGCCCGCCCCGGGGGUCAUUGAUUUUCACUAUAUGUACAUAUAGUAAAAACUUAAAAUACCUUCUUGUAAAGACCCAAAAGGCCUAGAGCUUAGAUAUUUUGCAUAAGGCAUUGCCUGGUAGACCUCUACUCAGAUUGUUCAAAGUAUAGCCCUGGGGUCAAAAUCGGCCCUGCCCCGAGGGUCAUUGGUUUUCCUUAUAUGUAUAUAGUAAAAACUUUAUAGUAAAAAAAUUUCUUCUAGCAAAUGCUAGAGGUUAGAUAUUUUGCAUGAAACAUUGUGAAGUGAACUUCUAGCAAGAUUGUUCAAAUUAUAGCCCUGGGGUCAAAAUUGCCCCUGCCCGGGGGUCAUUGAUUUUCAAUAUAUACAUAUAGUAAAAAAUAAAAAAAUCUUAUUGUCUGAAGGUACAAGGCUUAGAGCUUGAAUAUUUGUUAAAUGAUAUCAUCUAUAGGUACUCUACCAAAGUUGUUCAAAUUUUGCCUCUUGUGUCAAAAUUAGCCCCGCCCCAUGGGCCAUAGGUUUUCCUUAUAUGUAUAUAGUAAAAACUUAAAAAAUCAUCUUCUAAAUUCACAAAGGCUAGAGUUAAGAUAUUUUGCAUGAAACAUUAUGUAGUGAACCUCUAGCAAGAUUGUACACAUUAUAGCCCUGGGGUCAAAAUUGGCCCCACCCCCAGGAGUCAUUGAUUUUCACUAUGUACAUAUAGUAAAAAAAAAAAAAGAAAUAUUUUUGUCUGAAGGUACAAGGCAUAGAGCUUUGAUGUUUGCUCUAUAAUAUAUUCUAUGGGUUCUCUACUAAAGUUGUUUUAAUUAUGCCCCUAGUGUUAAAAUUGGCCCUGCCCAGGGGCAGUGAUUCUCAUUAUGUUCACAUAGUAAAAACAGAAAAUAAAACAAAUCUUUUCUGAAUAGGAAAAAGCUACAGCUUAGAUAUUUGACUUGAAAUGUUGUUUGGUGGACCUGUAUCAAGAUUGUUUUGAAUUAAACCCUUGGGUCCAAAAUUUUGCCUUGCCCAAGGGGACAGUGACCUACUUUCUUGUCCUUUGAUGUACAGCAAUGAAAUUUUGACCAUGUGCACAGUUUUAGUUGUAAAAUUGAACUUUGAUAUCAGGUGAACUAGAUUUUGAUAAUGUGACCUACUUUCUUGUCCUUUGAUGUACAGCUAUGGAAUUUGAACCAUGUGUACAGAUUAAGAUGUUAAGUGAACUUUGAUUUCAGCUGACCUAGAUUUGACAAAGUGUCUUACUAUGUUGUCCUUUGAUGUAGUCAUAAAAUUUAGGCUGUGUGAAAUAUGACCUUCACCACCAAAUUCACUAGACUCAAGUGCAUUGAUAUAUUCCUACUCUGAUCUUUUAUUGAGUUAACAACAGAUUUAACCACUAAUCUGAUAAUAAGAAUUAGAUAGGUCAGGGAUCUAUGCAUUAUGACAAUCUUCAAAAUUGUAUAGAAACAAAGAAAAUCUGUUCCUACACUACUAUUUAGUGUUGUAUUAAUGCGGUGGCAUAGCAUUUUUCUCAAAUGCAAUCUUGUUUUUUCAUGAUUUUGAACAAAAUUCUAUCCAUAUUGUUCAGAAACUAUUGUACUGUUUUUGCUGCUGGAAAAAUAACCAAAAAAAAAGAAAAAAAUGAAAUAAUCUAUAAUUCAUGUUUAAAUUUUAUUUUUCUAAACAGUUAAAUAUUAGUUAAUUGAAGCCAUUACAAUUCACUCCUACAUAUAUAGGCUUUUUCUUCCAUCAAUACCAGUUUCUGUGCUUGAUACUUUAAUAUGUCUGAUGUAACUUAUGAAUUUAGUAGCAAGUAAAAAUGUUUUAAUGAUUGUGCAUCCCUCCUAACUGGUUAGAUGUUGUUAUCGUCAAAGUCAGUCCCAAUGCAGUAUUCAUGUAUUUAUAUGCCGCAAUAAAAGUUAACUUGUGUCCUGACAUUUAAUAUGUGUAUUAACAUUUAUUGUUUUAUUGGCCAACCAGAAAGAAAAUUGUUAAAAGCCAAAUUUCUCUUUAAAGAAAGACUAUAAUGUUAAUUCCUUGUUGAUGUCUCAGGCCAUGUUUUUUUUAAAGACCAUUGCUUUUCCCUUAUUUUUAGCGUAUCCAACAGAAAUAGUAUAGAAUUAUAUCAUGGUGAAGAACAAUUCUCAAUAUUAAGACACAUUGUAUUAUAUCCUUUUAAAAUAACCUUAAAAAGUUAACUUACAUUGCAAAGGCAACAACAGUAGGUAGCCUAGCCUUUCUUGUGUAGUUUACACCCAGCUCUAAAUGUGUUUUGCACCAUAGAUCAGAUUAGGCUUCUUUCUCCCCUCUCUAAAAUUAUGAUGCCAUAUCAGAACAUGUCAGGAGUGAGAUUGAAUGCUUUUAAAGUUGUCGUUUAGUAUUCUCAUGUUAGCUAUAUAUGUACAGUUUAAUAUUGAUACUCCAUUUUUCAUAUGUCUUUAUUGUAUUUUAAGUAAAUAAAUUUUGUAGAAUUCAGUUGGAUUAAAACUUGCCUUUCA